CAGCAAAUUUAGCGACAACCCUCUGACGCGGAUAGCCUUGUAAAUUUUCGGCACUUGUUCAUUACAGGGUAAUUGUUGCUUCAUUCCCUAUCUCUAAUACAUAACUUUGAUGGCACCCUUUGCAGAUCAAUGACUCCCGAAGGCUCGCAUUCCCGCUCGUGAUGUCACGGUCAGUCUGGGAUCACCCUGCACCAAUCGUAGGCUCCCUAUCUUUCCUUCAUUGUCCAGGUUUCCUUGCCAUCCUCAGCCCCGAUACGCGAGAGGUUGAAUGAUAAUCCAACCAUGAAAAGUUGCCUGAAAUUAAUCGUUAUUAUGGGAGUCUGCCCAUUACCUGCUAAUUGCUACAUCUUGUCAAUGUUUUCUCGCAAUCCCAAUCGUGAGCAACUAGGGAUGAUUUGUCGAACGCCGUCGAUGAUCACAACGUCAAUGAUCUGCAAUACUGGACUGCCAUGCCGCUUAUUCUUGCCCAAAGAUCUUCAAGUAACGUUAUCUGUGCCGGCCGGAGGAUCUGAAUCUUUCACGCUCGUUAUACUUCCUCCUAACAAUAUUGAUGAGGCAAUUUUGAAAGUGUGAUGGCGGGAGGAACCUGACUUGCGAGACAUGGUUUCGGACUCCAAUGAUCUGCGGGGACGGGUGAAAAGUACCAGAAAUAGAAAGCGUAUUUCUCGUGAGGCACCCUCAACGUCGAUCGGCAAAAGCCACACUUCCAACUCUGGUUAUUUGAAGUGUUCCUCUCGAAGUUCCGUGAUUGAUUU